AUGUUUUAUCAUUUUUAAAUUUGUGCUCAUUUGAUAUUUCUUCUUCAACAUGUUGUAGCCAACUGGAUACUGAUUGAUAAUAGCUUUACCAAUAUGCCUAUUAUAGAGAAUAAUUGGAAGACUUUUUCUGGAUAUUUAGAAUAAUUUGAAACAUCAUUUAUCUCUUCAACAUGUAGUGAAAAUUCAUUAGAAUAUGCGAUUUUAUAAAGUUCCGUAUAAUAGUUAUCGAAAAGACUUUCAUAUAAAGGUUAUGAAGCUUAAGUUAUUUUUGAUGUAUAUUUUGAUGAUGCUGAUAGUGCUGUGGAAUCAUAAUUCAAAGUUACUUAUGAAUUUAAAGAUAAUUUUACAUAUUCUGAGUAACAAUUAUAUCAACGAGAUUACAAAUAAUCUGAUUUAAUUCAAAGCAGCGCUCUAACUUGUCAUAGCACUGUUAGCAAUUUUGAUUUCCAAACAGUUGUAAGUACAAUAGCUUAGCAUAAUAAAAACUAAUUUUCCAUAAAACUGUGUCUUGAUCCUGGAAAUGAUAAUAUGAAGGUAGGGAUUAGAAAUUUAUUGAUAUAUGUAAAUACCUGCCAUCCAACCUGUUUUACUUGUAAUGGCCCUACAGAAACAGAAUGUUUAUCAUGUUUUUAAAAUGAAAUAUCUGCAGGGAGAUGCACUUGUAUUCCAAAUUAUCAAUUUUCUCAAACUUUAAUUGGCUGUCUUUAAGAAUGUAGGAGAGAAAAUUCAAUUGCACGUUUUGAUAAAAUAUGCGUUGAAGACAAAAGAAUAAAAUAAAAUGUUACUUUAUUUUCUUCUACUAAUUUUAAUUCAGGAUACUUUCCUCUCAUCUUUGAAAAAGAUGAGUUUAAUUAUAAAAACUCUGAUUUAGUGGAUGAUGAUUGCUACCAUCAUGAUUUUAUUGGGAAGCUUCAAUAUAAUGAAGGAAUGCUUUAUUAGAUGAAUCUGGAAAGUUCUGUAAAGUUUAUAAGAAUUCGGAUUACAUUUUAUUUGUUUAACUUUAACGAAACAAGUAGCAUCUACAUAUUAUAAAAUAAUCAAUUAUAAUCUCGAAUAACAAAAGAUCCAAAUGGUUUCUCUGUUGAAAAUCUAUAAAAAAUAUCUGAGAUGAAACACUUUUGUAUUAGUAGUGAUACUUUAUUAAGAGUAGAAAUGAUUUUAUAAUUAUUUAAUCCAAAUCCAAAUAUAUUAAUUAAAGGAUAGCUUUAAUAAUAAAAUGAAUCCUGGGGGUUUAAAUAUUUUACGGUAGACAAAGGAUAUUGUUAAGAAAAUUGUGAAAUUUGUUCUGACUUCUCAUCAUGCCAAUCGUGUAAAACAGAUUACAAACUAUACCGAAAUUCAUGUGUUAUCACUUGCCCCAUUCAUUCAUCAAAUUGCAUUGAUUACUAAGAUAUCUUACCAUAUUCUAGGUACUUAGCUAAAGGCUUUUAUAAUUUAAAUAUGACUUUGUCAGAGAUUUAAUCAUAUUAUGAUAUGACAACUGAUCCAUAACUUAGCUAAUCUUCAGGAUAAAAAUUUUCUUUUUUAAAUAAUAAAAUAGUGUUAGGAGGUUUAUUAGUUUGGAAUGAUGGAUCAUAUAUCAAAACAUGGACGAUUUCUAAUCCCCAUUAUGCAGCCACCAUAUAUUUUAAUUUAACAUAUGGAGAUAAUUACACUGGGAAUUUUUUUUAUAUAAUAGGAGAUUCUUCAAGCAGUCAAAAAUACGGACCUUUUAGUAAUCCUGGGGGAGGAUAAAAUUUAAUUGGUCGUAAAGAGCUAGAAAGCACUAAAUACUUUAAUAUAAGUUUAACAAACUUUUUUUCUAACAAUCUUUAUGUCGAGUUUGUUUGUGAUGUCGUAACUGCUGAUAUUACAAAGGAGUUUUGUGCAAUAUCAGAAUAUUUUAUUGUUAUUCAUUAUUGUCCUCCAUUUUGCUCUAGCUGUACAGGUUUUAGCACAUGUUCAGAUACUGUAAAUAAUAAUUGCAACUCUAACUAAUAUUUGGUCUUUGAUUCAUAGACUGAAAGUUAUAGUUGCAAAGAUUGUAAUUAACCUGGAUGUAUUACAUGUACAAGAGCAGAGGAAUGCACUUAAUGCAUUAAUGAUUAAUUUAAUUUGAGCAAUGGAAUUUGCUUAUGCAAACCAUUUACAUUUUUAUUAGGAAAUACUUGUGUUUAAUGCAAUAAAUAUUGUGAAUAUUGCUUUGGUGACUCCUAAUAUAAUUGUCUUACUUGUGUGAGAGAUUAUCAUAGAGGUAUAUAAAGAAAGCAAUGUUUAUGCUUAACUGGGUAUUAUGAUGACGGAAUCAAUUUACCAUGUCUUCCUGUUUGUGGAGAUGAGAUAGUGGUGGAAGAAGAAGAUUGUGAUGAUGGUAAUAAUAACCCAUUUGAUGGUUGCAAUAAUUGUAAAUGA